AUGAUCCUCCUCUACCUCCUCCUCCUCCUCCCCCUCGCCCAAGCCCUCCAACAAGCCCAACUCCGCGACCGAUCAAUCUACCAACUCCUCACCGACCGCUUCGCCCGCUCCGACACCACCUCCCCCUACUGCGACGUCACCAAGAAAGAGUACUGCGGCGGGACGUGGAAGGGGAUCGAGGCGAGGCUGGGGUAUAUACAGGGGAUGGGGUUUGAUACGGUGUGGAUAUCGCCUGUUGUGGCGAAUGUGGAGCUGGAGGGGAGGGGGCAUGAAGCUUAUCAUGGGUAUUGGGCUUCGGAUAUUCACCAGUUGAAUAAGCGUUUCGGGACGCCGGAGGAUUUGAGGGAUCUGAGUGAGGCGUUGCAUAAGAGGGGCAUGUACCUCAUGGUCGACGUCGUUGCGAACCAUGUCGGUGUGCAGGACCUCAAGUCCUUCUCCCCGGGCCCGCAUUACGGCCCCUUCACCUCGGCUGACGACUUUCACAAGUAUUGUAUCCCCGAAUGGGAUAAGAACAACCAAACCGAGAUUGAAAACUGCUGGCUAGCCCCCGAAAUGCCAGACCUCAAUACCGAAUCCCCGCGCGUCAUCUCCCUCCUCAACACCUGGAUAUCCAACCUCGUUGAAAUCUUCAACAUUGACCUCAUCCGGAUCGACACUGUCAAGCAUGUGCGCAAAGAUUUUUGGCCGGGGUUUGUGGAGGCUGCGGGGGUGGGGGCGAUGGGGGAGGUUUUGCAUGGGGAUCCGAGCUAUUUGGCGCCUUAUCAGAGGGAGAGUGUUGGGAGUUUGUUGGAUUUUGCUACAUUCUUUCAUUUACAACGAGCGUUCGAAAAUACUCUGGGCAGUAUUGGAGAAUUGCGAAAGAUGAUUACCGAGGUGCAUCAGUCAUUCCCCGACCCGUCUUCCUUGGGAUCUUUUCUGGACAAUCAUGACUUUCCGCGUUUUGCUGGCAAGACACGAGACCCGGUGCUCAUCAAGAACGCCAUGGUCUACCCAUUCGUCAAUGACGGUUUCCCCAUCGUAUACUCGGGUCAAGAGCAUAAUCUAGAAGGCGGGGACGAUCCUUUCAAUCGCGAAGCGAUCUGGUCUUUUGGAUACAGUACAGACACCGAAAAGUACACUCUCUUGCAAACCCUCAACAAGGCCCGUUCCCGCGCAUCCACCUCCCCCUCCUUCCCAGCACUUUGCAAACCCUACCAACACAUCAACCACACCCUCGCCAUAUCCAAACCGCCCCUCCUCUCUGUUCUGAACAACUACGGCUCAUACCAAGUCGUCAACGUGCACUACAUCCCACCGGAGCAGACGGGUUAUAGAGGGGAGCUGGCGGUGGUGGAUGUGGUGUCGGGGCAGGUAUUUGGGACGGACCCGAAGGGGGGGUUGAGUGUGCCUAUAGUGAAUGGGGAGCCGAGGGUGUUUUUGCCGUUGGGCGUGUGGGAAGGGAAGGUGGGGGAUGGGGAGUGGCAGAGGAAAGAAGUCGAGGAAAAGGCAGAGCUGGGUUUGGGCUUGGGGAUGGGGCUGGGGGCGGGGAUUUCGCCGAGAUCGCCUCCCCUAAGCCCGCGGUUGGCGAGCAGUUUCGGGGCGAUGAUGUCGUGGUUUGGGAAUAAGAAUGGUGGGGGGAGUGGGAAGGGGAGGGAUCUGUGA